AUGGCUGAAGAAGUUGCUCAGCCUACUGAAAUACAUGUUAUUGAUAAUAAUGAACCAAUCAGAAUGGUAGAAUGUAAUGAAGGAAAGUCUAAGGAUGAAAGUAUAGUGGGAAUGGUUUUCGAUACACCUGAUGAUGCAUAUACAUUUUAUAAUGAUUAUGCAUUUUUACAUGGAUUUGGUAUACGUCGUGAUUCCACAUUUAAACAUAAGUCGACAAAGGAACCUUAUCGGAAGAUAUAUGUAUGCGACAAAGAAGGUUUUAAACGGUUAGAUGAUAAUGCUUCAAGUGGAAUUGAGAAAAAACGGCGUAGAGAAGUUAGACUCGGAUGUAAAGCAGAACUUCGAAUUUCAAAAAAUAAGGAUGGUAAAUGGUUUGUAGACACUUUUAAUGACACACACAAUCAUGAUAUGAGCAUGACACCAACGAAGGUGAUGAAGCAUCGAUCCCAUAAUAAGUUCCAUCGUUCAAUGGAAUGCAAAUCUCUUAUGGUGAAACUAGGUUAA